CUUGCAUUUUUCUGUCUUGUGACUUCCUGACCAGCAGCCUCUUACAAAAGAAGCUCAGAACCCAGAUUUCAAGGCAUCAGAGAACUCAAGAGUCCUUGACCCAGCUGUGUACCUACAGCUUGUCAGCCACCAGAAGGAUGAGGGGCAGCCUGGUUACCCUGGCCUUCCUCCUCACUCUUGCUGCCCUCCACUCUGAAGCUAGUGAAGAGCCAGCUAAUAAUCAGGCUUCCUGCUGUUUCUCUUUCACCUCGAGGAAAAUCCCACUCCGCUUUGUAAGAGAUUAUGAUUGGACCAGUGAGCUGUGCUCCAUGCCAGGGGUCAUCUUUCAUACCAAAAAGGGGCGACAAAUCUGCACCAACCCCAGCGAUGCCUGGGUGCAGCAGUACAUCAGAUACCUGGACGGCAAAUCCAACUGAUCUGGGAACAUGGCCCAGGGAACAUGAGAAGAGGCCACAGAGCCACCUCCCCUCCCCAACUCUCAGCCCCAGAUGGUCCCUGGGAGUUGUCCCGGCCUGAACUGAAGCCCCGUUUUGCUUUUCUGUGCUCUCACACUCUGAUAACUCCUGCUCUCUCCUGAAGCUUUGGAAUGACACUCUGCCCUCUGGGGCCUGAGGACACCUUGGCCCCCAGACAGCAUCUGUCUUCCCUUUGCAGGCACCUGGUUGUUGAAAUAAAACUGCACUAUAGAAAGGGAA